AUGGCCAAGGCGAAGGUAUCAAAUGAGGAGCUCAAGCGCAAGAUCAAGCGGCCAAAGGCGCGGCACGAGGCCGCGGCAGAGUCGCCCCUCGCGUCCGCCGUGGCGCCACCCAAGUUGCAGUCGCCAAGUCCCAGCUCGCGCGCCUCCAAGCCGUCUCCAGCGAGCAGAUAUGACAGUUCAUUAGGGCUGCUGACGAAGCGAUUCGUGGAGCUCAUCCAAGCUGCGCCGUCGAAGGAUUUGGACCUGAACACGGCAGCGGAGUCGCUCGGUGUACAGAAACGACGCAUAUAUGACAUCACCAACGUGCUUGAAGGCAUCGGCCUUAUCGAGAAGACGUCCAAGAACAACAUUCACUGGAAAGGUGCCAGUGGGCCGACAGGUGGUACAGACAACUAUCAGGGAAUUGAUCAUCUUCGACAGAGCAUUUCAGAUUUAAGACAGGAGGAGCUGAAGUACGACCAGCAUAUCAAGAUGGUCAGCCAGAAUAUUCGACGUCUGUACGAGGAAGAGGCAUUUGACAAAGGGAGCUUUGAGAACUUCUGCUACGUCACACAUGAUGACAUGCGGCGGCAGGAAAGCUUUGCAGACCAGAGCGUGAUGGCGAUCAAGGCUCCACCAGGAACAACUUUAGAGGUUCCAGACCCCGACGAGGGCAUGCCCGCCGGAAAACGCCGCUUUCAGAUCUUUCUGAAAUCUACAGGUACGAGAUGCAGGUGGGAGUUUACCUUUGGUUAUUCCACGAAUAUUGAGCUCACUGGUUUUUUUUCACUUCUCGUAGAUGGCCCUGUGGACGUGUAUUUAGUUCGACGAAUGACUGAUGACAAGGAAGCUGCAGAUGCGACUGGUUCAGCGAAGGAAGCUGGAGCAGUUGCUGCACCUGAUAGCCCUGCACCUCCUUUGGACCAGCAGAGAUCGUACGACUCGGAUAGCGGGAUCUUCAAACUCGCACCUCUCAAGACCGAUCCAGAUUUCUGCUUCAACCUGGACGACAGCGAAGGUAUCUCGGACUUUUUUGCAGACAUUCCGUAG